UCUAGGUGUCUAGCAACAGCUAUCAGCCCAGACAGCCGGCGGCAACGGGAGCGGUAUUUCUCGGUGUGUCUUUCCACGAUUAUUCGCUGCCAGGUAUUCAUAAUUAAUAGUCGCUUGGCUGAAAAUAGUGGAAAAAACAACCCUGACCCCUGCACAGAGAUAUGAGCGGCAGCGGGCGGCCCAGGACCAGCUCGUUUGCUGAGCCGCCAGGUGUUCCAGGAACCGCCGCUGCGUCCACCGGAUCAGCCGCUGCCGUGGGGAGCAGCACAGGAAAGUCCGGGGUCCCGCAGGCCUCCGGCAGCAGCUCGUCGGGAUGCUCGAACCUUAAGCUUGCCAGAGACAGCGGGAAGGUGACUACAGUUGUGGCCACACCAGGUCAGGGACCGGACCGCCCACAGGAAGUCUCUUACACUGACAUAAAGGUGAUUGGCAAUGGGUCGUUUGGUGUGGUGUACCAAGCUCGCCUCAUCGACAGCCAGGAAAUGGUGGCCAUUAAGAAAGUUCUGCAGGAUAAGAGGUUCAAGAAUCGGGAACUACAGAUCAUGAGGAAGCUGGAUCACUGCAACAUUGUCAGACUACGUUACUUCUUCUACUCCAGUGGAGAGAAGAAAGAUGAAGUCUAUCUCAACCUGGUGCUGGACUUUGUCCCUGAGACGGUCUACAGGGUUGCCAGGCAUUUUAACAAGGCCAAGAGCAUCAUUCCUAUCAUAUAUGUGAAGGUGUACAUGUACCAGUUGUUUCGCAGUCUGGCUUACAUCCAUUCCCAGGGCGUGUGUCACAGAGACAUCAAGCCUCAAAACCUGCUCGUCGACCCAGAAACUGCCAUCCUCAAGCUGUGUGACUUUGGCAGUGCCAAGCAGCUGGUCCGUGGUGAACCCAACGUGUCGUAUAUCUGCUCACGGUACUAUCGUGCCCCUGAGCUAAUUUUUGGUGCCACAGACUACACGGCAAACAUUGACAUCUGGUCAGCAGGCUGCGUACUGGCUGAGCUGCUGCUCGGACAGCCCAUAUUCCCUGGCGACAGUGGGGUGGACCAGCUCGUAGAAAUUAUCAAGGUGCUAGGAACCCCAACAAGGGAACAAAUCCGAGAGAUGAACCCAAACUACACAGAAUUCAAGUUUCCUCAGAUCAAAGCUCAUCCAUGGACCAAGGUGUUUAAACCUCGCACUCCUCCCGAGGCCAUUGCUCUUUGCUCCCGGCUGCUGGAGUACACGCCGGCCUCACGGUUCUCCCCACUAGAGGCCUGUUCGCACGCCUUCUUCGACGAGCUUCGACAGCCGAACACACGACUGCCCAGUGGCCGAGAACUGCCGAUGCUCUUCAACUUCAGCACCACAGAGCUGUCCAUCCAGCCCCAGCUGAACUCAACCCUCAUUCCUCCUCACGCUCGCUCACAUACAGCUGCUUCCGCCCACGAUGGUACCGGUUCAGAUUCAUCUCAACACAGUUCAGUACCAGGAUCUCUUAACAGCAUCUGAAGCAGCCUCUCACCUGCCUGCCUGCCAGCCUCACCUUUAUCUCAGACGCACACACACGCACACGCACACGCACACGCACACACACACACACACACACACACACACACACACACACUACGGCUUUCCUCCAUGCUGCUUGCUCUCCUCUUAGAUGAUCUGUUUUUGUACAGCAAAUGCGUUGAACAAACUAAACAUUAGUUCUUUAGCUGCCAGGGUUGAAACUACGGCAGGUGAUUGUUGAACACACACACAGAGUCGUCUCGCUGCUGCUCGGGUGGUCAGUGAAGGUUCAAUAGUCGGGGCUGGUCCUCUGUAAUAUAACCUUUUUAUUAAAUCAACAUUUUUUUUUUCUUCUUCUUUAUAUUUGUGUUUAUUUAUUUGACUAAUUGAAAGCAUCGUAUGGUCACAAAAACAUUUAGUCCUUUGAUUUUUUUCCACUUCAGAUUAUUUUUUUAUAUUCUUCAGUGUUUCUGCAUCCCUGUUAGUGAGGGGUGAACUGUACACUGCCUGACCAGAAGAUCAGAACUGGCCUCAAACUGGUCCAUCAGGGUAAAGGAUGUUUUAUUCAACUCAGGGCGGGAGAGCGGAUGCAGGGACUGAUAAAUUCCUAAAUCCUCCAGCCACAUUGUUUCACCAAUCCAGCCUGAUGUUUAGGUUUAAAUUAAACUUCCUCAUCUUGAUAUUUACCUGCUUAUAUGGCGGGUAGAGUAGAAAACCUCAUCAGCACCAGGUAGCAGUUAUCAGUGUUUGGUUGGAGGUGUACUGGAUUGCCCCUUAUGUGAAUCGUUCAGUGGCUGCAUUUAUACAGACUGGACUGGAAAUAACCACACUCCACCAGUCACCGCGUCUCGUAUCCAUUUGUUUCCUGUUUUAGAGAGUUUUGUCUGGAAAAAGAGGGAAAAAAUCCUCAAAGAAACAGUUCCCCUACAUGCCCACUGUUUUAGUAUAAAUAUGGGUAAACCCUUCAUGCAUUUAGGUUAUUUUUUUUAUCGUUUCCACAUUCAGGAGGGCAGAGCUGUUAAUUUAUUGGAAAGACGUUAUUUCCAGAGGAAAAAAUCCUCAACUCCUGCUCUUGUUUGUCACCUGGAAAAUUAGUGUAGGCCUGUAAAUGUCCAGUUGUAAAGAAAGUGUGAAUGUGCUGCUCAGCAAAAGCAGAUAUAGAAAAUGAGCCUUUUGAAAUCAAGCAAACAAAUUAGAACCAUAGUAGUGCGAAUAGUAGUUUGUUACUGGAAGCUGCACCUUGCGCUGCUUGUUCUCUGUCCUGCCAACUAGUUAGUUGUAUUCACUUAAUGAUCAGAUGAAAACCAGCAGUGGUCUGGAUGCCUCUGUCCUAGAUCAUUGCAACAAUAGAAAACAGAUAUUGGAGCUCUUCUAAUAAACUAGAGAUGACGACAUCAAUUCCACUUAAAGAAGUUGUCACCAUAAUUUCUUUCCUGAACAAAAUAACCAAAUUUACGACCCUAUUCAAACACCCAAAGAAAAAGAAACCUGAAAGCCAUCACGGGUUUCACUUGUCCUAAAUAGUGUUAGUGAGUGGUGGAAACGGCUGAUUCAGAAAUGACUUAAAGGGAUAAUUUACCCUAAAAUCAAUAAUACCUUUCUUUCCUCUUACCUGUAGUGCUAUUUAUACGUCUUGAUUGCUUGGCAUGUUACAAAGUGUUGGAGAUAUCAGGUGUAGAGAUAUCUGCCUUCUCUCCAGUGUAAUAUAUAUUUUCUACCAAACUACACCUGGCAAUGAUAUCAACGUGCAGAAGUGAGCAUUUAAUGGUAGCUCACCUAGCACCACUGAGCCAGCUAACAAAGCUAACAGCUAACUAGUUCCAUUGUAUUGGCGAGAAGGCAGACAUCUCUAUGGCCGAUAUCCCCAACACUCAGCAACUCACACCAAAACAAUCUAGAUUGAUAAACAGCACCACAGGUAAGAGGAAAAAUAUUUUGUUUUUUCAUUUGGGGUGAACUUACCCUUAUUAAAUGAAUGAAUAAAAAAGAUUAUUUUUCUGUUUUUCAUUUCGAGCUUUUAAAAUGAAAAAAAAACAAAAACCUUACAUUGCGAUCAUGAUGUGGUUAAUGAUAAGAAGUGAAAACUUUUGUAUUAGAGCAAACGCUGUUGCUUUUAAAAAAGCCUGAAAUUGUUUUAAGAUAAAUGAUGCAUUUUAAAGUUCUGAAAAGUAUUUAAAUGUGGUAAAUAUAGUUACUUGAUGGCUUCCCUUUACAAUCCCCCCAAACUGUCUGUUGACAUGUAUCCAUACAGGAAACCAUAGGCUGGUUUUAGUGGUCUUAAACUCUGUUGUAAUGUCACAAUAAUUUACAGAUGUCUCUAAAAGAAAAACCUGUAAAAUCCCCUGAAAAAUAUUGGCAGACUCAACACAAAUGCUGUCCAGUCAAAAAGUCACUUUGGGUGGGGUUCCCCUUCAGCUCAAAGAUCUUCCUUGUCCUGUUGUUAGUGUAGAAGAAAAUGCUUUCUUACUCCAAGAGCAGAGUGAAUGUUGGUCCUCUUGUUGAUUAAAUGCAGCGGACAGAAAAAUGUAAUGCUUUAUUAAACUUGGUGGUGGGGGAGGGGGGGAUACGUCAUGUAAAUUUAUUUAUUUAUUUGUUUUUGUGAUGAGAGUUGGAUGUCCGUUACUUUAAGAGGGCUUUGAAAUUGUUGAAGCUUCUUUAGGAAACUUCCAUCAGUGGAAAUGAGUGAAAAGUAGUGAUGGCCAAAUAAAGCCUCAUGAAGGAUUUUCUUUAUUUUCUGAGCCCACUAAAUGGCGCUUUUUGUUCAACAAAAAGUUGAUAACACACUGAAUUGCCAUCCUUUGAGCCUCUCUGUUUAAACCAAGAGUACCAUCUAGUGGGCUCAGAAAAUAAAGAAAAUGCUUCGUGAGGCUUCAUUUGGCCAUCACUUGUGAAAAGUUCACAGAAGCGAAGCAUAAAGGAAGAUGAAUGAAAGGCUUAAUGUGAAUAGUUGUUCAAUUUGAAUUUCAAGCAGGGGAGUUCCUGUUAGGUGACUGUGUGUUUGUGUGCCCCUUGUGCUUCUAUCUUUGUGAGGACCAGUUUGAGUUUUACCCAGGCAAGCGUGAGAUAAGAGACGUUUGAGGUCGAGGCUGGAUUCAGGGUCACGGGUUAGAGAAUGUAUUAUCGUAGUCCUCUCAAGUGUAGAAGUGCAAACGUGUGUCUGACCAUGUUCCAACCUGCAGUCUGAACAGCCAGUGUUUUAGGGACUAGAUCAGUCAACAAUACAGAAUCUUUAUAAGCAGUACAGACCACUUGAAAGUUUGUAGUAUAGUAUAUUUGAUACUGUCGUUCCAUGCUUCCACCUGCUGGUUUUAAACUGCAGCCAUGUUUUCUUUUUUUUUAAAUAUCAGUGAAGAUGCUUUUUUUGCUUUGUUUUUUUUUUCUUAAUCCACCACAUUCGGCACAUUUACACUGAUUUUAUACGAGGAGAGUGGAGAGCAUUUCUCAUUCUGCUUUCUUUGCUGCAAAGAGUCCAACCAGCAUGUUUGAUUUACUCCGCAGGGUGCAUCACACUCAGAGCUGUCAGACUCUCUGCGGCUAUGAAAAGGUGUGACGCCAGCCAAGAGGAAUCAGACAUGGCUGAUUCUUCUCUUCAUAUAAUCUCAGAAGCCAUUUUGUUCCCCCUCCUUCACUCUCCUUCUCUUGUCGCACGUGUAAAUAUCACUGAUUUUUAUUUUUCCUCUUUUUACUUUUUAUUACAGAGUUGUUUAUAUCUUAUCCCCCACCCCUCCCAUCCUGUUGAUGAAGUAGUCUUAUUUUGUGCAUUUUUGUAAAUAAGUUUCUUUUUUUUCACAAGUCAAAAUGUAAAUACUGCAAAGGAAAAAAAAUCAGCCUACUCCUCAUGUUUGUUGAUGAUCUUUCUCUCUCGUUCUCUUUCUUGUAGUCUAGUGGAUAUUGUAAAAGUAGCUGUUAACAUCAUCAGCUGUCCUCCCUGUUCAGUCCUCUGUAGAACAAAGUUACUGUUGAAUGAAUAUUUCAAAGGUUCUGUUCCAAAAUGCUCCGUAUGUGAUCUCUCUAAAAUCUAACGGCUGGAGGCAUCAAGUCAUGUUAGCAGCAUCUUGGGUUUGAAUCUGUCCGAGGAUGCAUGACAGCACUCUCUCCAAUCUUCUCAACUAUACCUACUGUUGAUCCACACAAUAUAAUAAAUGCAAAACGUUUGAAAUUAUGUUUAUUUUACUUUUUUUAUUUAUUUAUUUUUUUUUAUUGUAAAGCACCUUAAAGAGAUAAGAUCUUUUCAAGUGAGGUUGUUUGACCUACAGUAGAUGUCAGUCAGUAUGCCUCCAGUUUUGGAGAAGCAGGCUAGCUAAGCUGUGUACUGCUGUGGAGGGCUCAGCAGCAAAAUGCAUUUAAGCCACCUAAAAAAUCAAUAUCAUUUUAAGUGUGCGCUAUAUUUAGAAUAUUAUCACCUCUCUACCUUUCCUUCUGACAGGGAAGCCAUUAACACCUCAGAUUCCCCAUCUCUGCUCUAAUCAAAGCCACCAGACUCAUUUUGGCUCAUUGCACUCGAGGGCUGCUGGUCUACCGCAGUGGCUCCCAACCACGAGGUCCCAACCCCCACUAGGGGUCGCCCAAGCUUUGUGUGGGGCUGUUAGUCCUUCUUUAUUCUAAGAGGUGUAGGCCUACAUCUCUGUAUUUCAUUUAUUUCUGUAAAAAAAAUGGUAAAUAGUAAAAAAUUGUUUGUCAUAAAGUUUUUAAUAUUAUUUAAGGUGAAAACUUAAAAUACAUCUCACAGGAUAAGGACAAGGUAAAGAGCUGAACACUUGCUAUAGUGGCAGAGCCUUUACUCUCUGCUAAAUUGCCUCAUCCUGAGGACAGAACAAUGACCAAGUGUCAAGGAGAAGAAAAUGCAGAAUUUGUCAAAGAGGCCUCUUAAGUAUGCAUGAUUGUUAAAAAUACAAAAACCCUGUGACUUCGGUGAAUCUAAACCAACACUCUAAAACACCAAAGGCACACAAUAACACAAAUAAACCGGUCAAGUCAGCCUUUAUAUAAAGCAAUAUCACAGUGUCAUCUGCCCUCCACAAAUUGCUGUCUACAUUUUGCUGCUGCCCCUGUCCACAGCAGUACAUUGCUUAUCCUCUGUGUCACUACUCCAGCCUGUUAUCUACAAACUGGGGGUGUACCGACUGCCAUUUACUGUGGGUAAUACUUUCAAUAAGGAGAAUUACCUCACACACUUCAAAAGGUCUGAACUAUCCCUUUAAUUGAAGAGGCUUGUAACUGACUCAAAAUCACAUUUAAUAGACUGCAGAUCCUCCACAAGAGGGAGAUGUUCCACACAUGCUAAUUAUAGUGAAACAUACUCAAGAUACAGCUCUUACUUUUUCUUCAGGCCUCCUACCCUUUUAUUGAACAAUAAAAAUACCUCCUCCUGUCCAGCAAAUAGGGCACACUAAGAGCAAUGUGAACUUCGUUGCUGAAAAUAUGUUCCAUUUUUGCAAAUUUGAAUUAUGAAUUUUAAUUUAAAAACAGCAGCUAUAAAAAUGAAAAGCCCACAGCAGAGAUGGGGAGCAGGCUGCAGACGUCUUUUUCAUUCUCAAAUCGAAAGUUUUCAAUCCCAUCUGACAUCAAGGCAGUUUCAUCAGAUUUCACGCAGCUCCUCUGGAGGCACAAAAAAGCUUUGACACUUAAAAUCACUUUUUUUUCAGUUUUACUCCCACAUUGUUGACUUUUCUCAUCUUGGAACAGAACUUGGUGUGUUGUGAAAGAUUGCAAUAUAUUAUUACUGUGCAGUAUUGAGACAAAAUGUUUUGCCUACAGGUCACUGGCGCUUAUAGAGAAAGUGCUGCGUCAUGUCUGACUUGAUCUUGACACUGUUUAGUUGAAAUCGCAUCAUGUGUUCUCAUGUUGUACUCAACACGGGCAUUUUGCAUUAUGUGCCGCACGGCAUUCAGAAUCGCUGCUUAUGAUUAUAAGAUGGCAGAAGUAGACAUUUGUGUUGUGACUGCAGACAGAGCCACCUAUCAACCUCGUGUGCGUGUGUGCGUGUUUGUUUGUUACCAGUUAAUACGCCGAAAUGUUGACAGACUGUUUCAAACUGAAUCUGAGAAAUUGUACUUUGUGGUUUUAAAUUCUCCUAAACCUCAGUUGUGUUAACAUUACCUUCCUCGUGACUGAGGGAGGUUACUGCAUCUCUACAAGCUGAUGUGUUGGUGUGAUGGAGAGAUAGACUGAGAAAGAGAGAGAAAGAAACACAAACCUGUCCGUCUCUGUUCUGUGUAUGUAUGAUAUGGACUCAUUUACUGUAAUAAAGUGAUGAAACUGUG